UCUUGUGGCGCAAAGUGAUGACGUAUCCUCCCUGGUCAAAAUGGCGAAGAAACAACGUGGAAAAGCAGCUCCUUUGACAGAGACAACCGCGAGUGAAGAGCCGCAAGAACAUUUGAAGUUGGCUCUCGAUUCAAGCGACGAUGAAGCUCCAGAAGAGGUCACAUUUGACGACUCCAAGGCUCAGGCUCUACGGAGCAUGAAACAUGCGCUGGACACAGCCAGAAGGGAGAGGGAGCUGCUGAAGGAGAAGAGGAGGAAGAGGCAGGAGCUUUUCCAGGAGCAGAAGAAAAGGAAGCUUCUACCAGCCGAUGUGUUGGAGGAAAUCGACUCUUCAGCGAAGCAGAAAAAGUCUGACGAUGAAGCUGGAAAGGAAGAGCGGGGUAAGGAGGUGAGGCCGAAGAAGAAAAAGAAGAAGAGCGGGAAACUUGCACAUUCCAGAAAUCUGAAGGGAAGCUACAAAGUGACGACGGUGACGAAGCGACCGGCGGCGGCGUCCUUCCAGCAGCAGGCGGCCGAGCAGUUCAUCCAGUCCAGACUGUACGGACCGGGAAGCUGCAGGACCACAAAUAAUGAGCUGCUCUCCCUCCAGAACAAGAAGGGGAUGAUUAAAGGUGCAGCAGUGCAGUUUGUCAAGAAAGACUGGGCCUGUAAGGAAAAAGCCAAAGCCGAGAAGAUGAAGAAGAGAUGGAUCCACAAACAGCAGAUUUCCUCCUGCUGACGGCACAAACGAGACUGAAAUCCUCGGGUCCGGGAUCUCCUCCGCACCGGUCAACUUCUGCUCACUGAUCAUUCUUCUGAUAGAAAUGAGGAAGACGACCUGCAUCUCUUGGUUUAUCAGCUGGACUCCAGAAAAAAGACUGAGAUCACACCAAGAUUAAAACCCUGGAAGUUUCCACCCAUCAGCCUCUCUGGUUCUUCAAAGGAACCAGUUGGGAUUUGUACCUGUAGAAAAGAUCUAAAAGGACCACAUAACUUGCUAUUUUUCUGUAAAACUGUUGUUAAAAUAUGCCUCUUAGUAUUUUUAAAAAAUAAAAACUGCUUCAAACUUA